ACAUACAGUAUAGUAUUAAAUAGUCAGCACAGUGUAGUACGGUAGUCAAAAAUACAACACUUUUACAGAAGUAUAAAACAAUUAUACAUUUUCAGUCAAAUGCGAUGGUUUCUCACCAAAAACAUCAUACUUCGGUGGCUCAAGGACGCAGCCAUUUUCGAUAGACGAAAUGAUUUGUGGGAAAGAUGGUUUAGUUGUUUGUCCACACUUUUUAAUAUUCUGAGUUGUGUGGUGAGAAACAAAACAUUAUGUAAAUAUGAAGCAUUUCGGGGGGGGGGGGGAGACCUUAAAAUACAUAUUAGUUGUUACGUUUAAACACGUUUUUUUUCUAACUAAUGUAUUCAUUUGAGUUGUGGAACCUUAGUUACGCGUACUAGUUUCCUUACAGACUUGAACUAAGCGUGCAUCUUUGUGCAGGAUGUGGAUAACCAAAAUAGCUAACCAACGUUAGCUUACCUACUUAGACCUGCAAUACAUUGAUCAACUGCUAAAUUGAAGAUAAACUAUAAUAAUCACAUAUUUGUACCUUGAUAUAAAUAAUUACAAUCUGAUGCCGACAAUGUCGUCGUCUAUGGAAAUGACAGAGUUGUACGACAACGCUCUACUAGGGAUAUUGCAGCAUGUUGGAAACAUACAGAACUUUCUACAGGUUUACUUUGGCUUCCUUUACCGCAAGACGGACUUCUACCGCCUGUUGUCAACUCCCAACGAUCGUAUGGGGUUUCCUCCUGGAGUCGCAGAGAAAAUGGUCCUAAAGACAUUCAGGCUGUUUGAGCGGGUAGCAGAGCAGGACAGAGAGAGGGAGCUGAGGGAGCUGCAGGAGAGGGAGGAGGCCAGAGCGGUACCUCCUGCAGUUCAGGAGCUGGAGGUGACUGCCAUACAGCCAGAGGAAGCUAGUGAACCAAAAACAGAACCUGCUCAAACAGCCACAGACCAAUUGUCUGCAGGGCCAGGGCCUCUUUCUGCUUCAACCUCCAAGCAGGACCCGAGCCCCCAGACUCAGAGCAACAGUCCAGCACAGGGGAGCCUUGCAUUGGCUGCCUGCACAGACUCAGCAGAAGCUGCAGCAACAGCUGGUCAGGACAAGUUUCAGGCCAACCCAGAGAGCUACAACGGGGCAGUGCGAGACAACUACAGCUGGUCUCAAGACUACACAGAUGUUGAGGUCCGCGUUCAAGUCCCAGCACACGUCGUCAAGGGCAGACAGGUGUCCGUGAGUCUGCACACGAGUAGCGUGCGCGUGUGCUUGAGGGAGGGGGCAGGAGAGAGAGUCCUCAUCGAAGGAGAACUCACUCACAAGAUCAACAUCGAAAACUCUCUGUGGAGCCUAGAGCCAGGACGCUGCGUGGUGUUGUCUCUCAGUAAAUGUGGGGAGGUGUGGUGGAGUGCCGUGAUGAAGGGAGAGAAGGAGAUUGACAUCAACCAGAUAAACCGGGAGCGCUCCAUGGCAACGGUGGAUGAGGAGGAGCAUGCUGUACUGGAUAGACUAACCUUUGACUACCAACAGAAGCUGCAGGGCAAACCACAAAGCCAUGAGAUGAAGGUGCAUGACAUGCUGAAGAAAGGCUGGGAGGCUGAGGGAUCGCCCUUCAAAGGCCAGCAGUUUGACCCCUCCAUGUUCGAUAUCCCACCGAGCGCGGUGCAGUUCUAAAACACGCACACGUACGUCAGAUCAGAUAGAAUGGUAGUUUCCAGGAUGUGGUUUGUGAGGUGUUGGGGAAAGACGUAAAACCAAGAAGGGGAAUGCUUUCAAUGUUAUUGUAGAAGCUUUGUUGGUCAAAAUAUGACUUCAUGUCACACCUUUCCGAGAGAACUUAUGAAAUGGAGGGUAUUUCAGGUCUGAAAUACCCCAGUGGGAGAUGUGUUACUUUGCUGUGUUCAUGUAAUGCACCUGAUCAUAAAUGAAUCUGUAUCCCUCUCUGAGUAAUACAUUUACAUGCAUCUGCCAACCUUAACAGGUGUAAACUUGACGGCUGAUGCCCUUUCUUGCUUUCCCUUUGAGUCAUUUUUGUGUGUCGAAAAAUAAAUAAAAGUCAAUCGUA